GAAAUGUAAGCACAUCACAGGCUGUGAUAGGGCGGAAUCACUUGGCUUGUGACAUCAGCUGUGACGUCGGCAGGCCUGCGCGCAGCCGUAACCGGUGAAAAGAAGAUGGUGCUCAUCAAGGAAUAUCGUGUGGUCUUACCAUGCUCGGUGGAAGAGUAUCAAGUCGGGCAGCUUUUCUCGGUGGCUGAGGCCAGUAAAAACGAGACGGGUGGCGGAGAGGGCAUUGAAGUGCUGAAGAACGAACCGUAUGAGAAGGAGGGCGAGAAGGGACAAUACACACACAAAAUCUACCAUUUAAAGAGUAAAGUGCCGGGCUUUGUGAAGAUGAUCGCACCAGAGGGGGCGUUAGUUUUCCAUGAAAAGGCCUGGAAUGCUUAUCCAUACUGCCGCACAAUUGUGACUAACGAAUACAUGAAAGAUGAUUUCAUGAUUAAAAUAGAAACGUGGCACAAACCUGACACGGGCUCUUUAGAGAAUGUACAUGAUCUGGACCCAACCACAUGGAAGACAGUGGAGGUCGUGCAUAUCGAUAUAGCUGAUCGGUCUCAGGUUGAACCUGGAGAUUAUAAACCACAAGAGGACCCAGAAAUCUUUCACUCAGAGAAAACAGGCCGAGGACCUUUAGGACCGGACUGGAAAAAAGAGCUCUUGGCUAAGCCGGACGCCCCUCGUAUGUGUGCGUACAAACUAGUCACUGUCAAGUUCAAGUGGUGGGGCCUUCAAACCAAAAUAGAAAACUUCAUCCACAAGCAAGAGAAGAGAAUCUUCACCAACUUCCACCGUCAGCUCUUCUGUUGGAUUGACAACUGGGUGGAGCUCACCAUGGAGGACAUCCGCAGGAUGGAGCAGGAGACGCAGAGAGAGCUGGAAGAGAUGCGUCAAAAGGGAACCGUACGAGGCACAACAGCAGCCGAAGAGUAGCCGAAUCCUUUUUAGUAACACAAGGCAGGUGGAGAGACUCCCUUCGUAAUACUGGUCAGGUUCGAGGCACCAGUGCUGCUCACGAACAAUGAGGCAAAACUACAAGAAUCCAACCAUGAUGACGCUUGACGAAAGACAUCAACGCAUCCAACAAACCGGCCAGCGGCGGCGCCGUCGUCCUCCACCAGACAGCAGAAUGACACAAUGAUCAGUAGUACUGGACAGGGUGGACACACAAUUUUGCGCUGGACAAGACUUGACCUGUUUUCUAGAUUCAGGCAGGUUGAUCCAGUGACUAUUACCACUUUGUUAGGACAUUUAGAAAAUAUCAGAGUAUUGCUGUAUGGUUGUGUUAUUCUAUUUCAGAAAAAAUCGACUUAAUUUUGGCAGGCAUCGGACCAAUUAUUUGUUUGUUUUUGUUUGGUUAUAUCUGUUCGUAAUGGUUCAGAUCUUUUCUUUCCUGUCUGUGUUUAGUUUCCCCCCCCCGCAGAUGAAGCACUUCUUUUUGGUUCCUUUAACUUCCUUAAUUAAUUUUAAAAGGGUUUUUAAUUUGUCAUAUCAGCGUAGUCCUGCCUAUCAUGUCUUGUUUUUCUAGGAAAAUGUGUGAUGCUACUUGCAUGGCAUGCACAUUUGUGCGCAACAACACACGUCCACCUCACAGAAUUUAUUUAUUUAUUUCUGCGAGUGGCUUUUGCAUGAGCUCAGGCUGUUUUUGAGAGGGUCUCCAUGUUCUCCGAGACCAUGUGACGCAACCCCCCCUCAGGACUCUUCAGAUGAACAUGGUUCUCCUCUCCAAAAUCCAGACUAAUUACCGGAGCAAAUCGCUGCUGCUUUUUUAUUUUUAGAGUGGCUUUAGGAUAGGCAAAGUGCUUUUAUAUCGCUAAUCUACCUGUAAUGCUCUCAGGGUUCCCACGGUCAUAGAAAACCUGGAGAUAUCAGGGAAAUGUUGUGAUUUCCAGGCCUGGAAAAGUCUCGGUCCCGGUUCAUUACAUGUGUGCAUGCACAGAAUAAUUUCAUUUAGUCCCUUAGUGCUUUUAAAAAAGCACAAAUUGCAGUUGCAAUGCACGUAAACCAGGCCAAAAAUGGUCGUUUUUGAGGUGUAACUACUUUUCCAGGUGGAUGAAUCUCUGGUUACUGACGUGAUGCUUUGCUGAUCCUUCUCUGCAAUCCUUGCGCAUAUUAUGCAAAUAUUACUGGCGUUGUCAUGACAACAAAUUUAAAUUAGCUGUCACUACACAGGCACAGUCGGUAAGAGAUUCUAUUGCAGAAGGCUCAUGUUUGUGCCUGUUAUUUUUUUUUUUUAGUGUACUUGAAUCUUUGAGUGGCUCUGAAUACUUGUAUUAUUAAAUGCAUUACUGCAAUUGCAUUUUUUGCAAGGGACAAACUGAAAUUUUCUCUGAUCAUCAUUAUGCCACAUGCUGUCUUCAGAACUUUUCUUUAAUGAAAUGUAAGGUAUACAGUAAGCGGCCAAAAGUGAUGUCCGGCCUAGGAAAAUUGACAUCUUCACCCUUUAUUCAAAUAUUAUAAAAAUUGGUUAAAAAUUUUGUCAUCAUAUUUCACAGUUGUGCUUGAAGAUGAUAUUUUUAUAUAUGAUAACGCAAUGAAAUAUACCAUAAUUUUUGUCCAGGCCGUCAUACAAAGAAAUUAUGAACACGUUCAAAAACAAGAGAGAAUCGAUAAAAUAUUAAUAACUGAUCAUGUUGUACUCAAUGUGAGCUUUUUGUUUUUCUAUGCAUUUUCUUGUUUGCAUAGUAAUAUAAAACCUGUAGCUGUAGUUUUUUGCCAAAUAAUUUUGUCAGAUAAAUACCUUAACCAAUUUAGUGUUUUGUUCUAACCUCAUAAAAAAUAUUUUACUCAUAUUUUGAUGGUUCAAUCAAACUUGUAGGGUUAUUAAAAGCAAAUAUCCCCUGCGGACAUCACUUUUGUAUGGAAACUUGUUUCUGACAUUAAAUAAAAAAGGUAAUAGCGACUUUUUUUUCUCAUAAUUGCGAGAUAUAAACUCAAAAUUGCGUGUUAUAAUGUCCAGUUGUUAGGGGGGAAAAGACUGACUUUUUUUUUUUUUUCGAAUUGCGAGUUUAUAUCUCACAAAUUCUGACUUUAUAAUUUGCCACUGCAUGUUUAUAUCACGUUAUUCUGACUUUAUAACUUGCAAUUGCUAUUUUAAAUCUCGCAAUUGCGAGAAAAAAGUCAGAAUUGCGACUUUAUCUCGCAAUUCUGACUUUAUAUCACACAAUUCUGACUUUAUAACUCGCAAUUGUGAGUUUAUCUCGCAAUUCUGAGAAAAAGUCAGAAUUGCGUGAUAAACUCGCAAUUGCGAGAAAAAGUUUGAAUUGUGACUUUAUAUCAAUUGCAAGUUUAAAUCUCGCAAUUCUGAGAAAUAUUCGCAAUUCUGACUUUAUAACUUGCAAUUGCGAUUUUAAAUCUCGCAAUUCUGAGAAACAAAGUCAGAAUUGUGCGAUUAAAAAGUCGCAGUUACCUUUUUUUAUUUUUUUAUUUAGUGGUGGAAACAAGCUUCCAUAAUUUUGGCUAACACUGUAUCAAUAUAAUUAAUAUAUUUAUAUAGUGAAUAUUACAAUCUCUUAGGAUCGCCUGUAAAAGUUGGUCCGAAGGUGUGGGAACCCUGAGCUCUGCACCUGAAUGUGUGUGUAGAUGCCUCAGCAGAUGCUUAGGACAAAGAGGAAAACUUUAUAAACGCUUAAUAUUUGAAUAGUUUCUAUAUUGUACCAGGCCAGAGCUGAGUGAGGAUGUGCAUGUAGAAUAAUUCUACUUCCUGUCCUCCUCGUCUCUGGCCGUCCUGCACCAGCUCAGAUCAUCCAGCCUAGCAAAAAGCGUCUCUGCUGUUUGCACUUGACCCAUUUUAUUUUCCCGUUCAUAGUAACAGGUUUUUAAAGUGUACGGUUCUCCGUCCACGUCUCAAGAGGAGACGGAUGGACAGAUGUGAUUUUUAUCAUAUAUUGUGGCCAGUGCAUUAGUGUCUAUUUUAAUAGUUAGGCUUUCAUGGACAGCUGACGGCUGGAGUUUGCGCGGAUGCACGCAAACUAGUGCCUGAUGUCUGCGUUGAAACGUGCUUCUGCGAUCCUGUGUGUCAUUGUGAUUGUCGAGGUAGAGUUGCACAUUUGCGAUAGUUUUCAAGCCUGAAUGUGGCGUACAAGAACGUCUCUCCCAUUUCAAGGUCCACAAAUGUUCACGCAAUCAUUGCAACUUGUCAUACGAUGGGCUUCGGCCUGGACGACACCUUCAUUGCAAUCAAGGUGACGUUAUCGCGUACCCGUGUUUCCUUUCUCGUAGGUCUUUGGCGUUCUGAUGGAAGGAAGUCAGAUUUUGAUUUUACCUUUUUCGUAUGUUCUCUAGAUCAUGAUUGAGCAAUCAGUGCACUGACGUCUGCUCGCCAGACAUGUCUACAGAAUACUGUCUCGAGUCUCACGGAUCGUGUGGUUUACUUUUGUACACGUACAGGGCUUUUAGGCUAGCGGGGUGGGCAUGGGUUCAGAUAUGAUGAAUCAAUCAUGUAUUGUAAUCUUUUCUUGGGGAAUUACACAAUGCUGUUUUACUGUCUUUUUCUGAUUGUUUGUUUGUUUGUUCGAAAAUCAGGGGAAAUAUCAGUGAAUGUACCAUGGUGUGAUUUAUUCUGUUUCUUUUUUCUGCAGCUUUUGAAUUGGUUAUAAAUUUAACAAUUAACAACAUAUCUAAUAAAUUUCGACACCAGUCGUG